AAACAAAUAUGCUCUAAUUUUUUCGAAAAAUAAAAAAGAAACAGAAAACUAAAAUAUAAAUUGAAGCAGAGAGUAGGGGAGAGGCAGGGAGGCAGUAGUUUUGUGUGGAGAAAUCAAGAGGAUGGCCGCAUAUGAACGCAUAGCUUUUUAUCCGAAGUUUAAAUCUAACAUAGCAGCUCCCUUUCAUCCUCUUACUAAUCCCCUUGUUUAGGUUCAGAAACGUCAUCGUGUUUCCUGUGAGGAUCUGUUAUUGAUCGGCUCAUCGAUUUGGGUUCAUCUGCUCGAUUUUUCCAUCUACCUCCGAUCAUCUCUCCUUUGCUGUUUCAGGCGACUCCUCAUUCUGACAGAAGGUGUGGGAAUGAAUCUGAGGUGAUUUUGCAUGGGUGAUGAUGCCAGAAUUGCGUAGCGGAGCACGGAGAUCAAAACGUCUUGGUGAUCUUCAUCCUGCCCCUGAAACUGCUGAUCAAGAAGCAAAUAUUGUUGCACCUGCUCAGGCUAGAACCAGAAGGAGAGGCAGAGGCAGAGGCAAUGCAACUGCUGUAGGUAAAGGACCUUCUGCAGUAACACCCGCUAGGCCAACUGGUGCUGGUAGAGGCAGGGGAGGUAGGUUGAUCGAUUUAGCCCCACAGCCACACUGUGAGGUUGCUCCUCAAGCUAUUGGUCUAGGGGCUGCACAGGUAGCAUUUAAUAGAAUAGAAGGCGCCGCAGAUAAAGAAAUUGCCAUGGAUGGUGGAAGUGGGGACAAAAUAAUGGGAGUUGAAGAAGAUGCGAGCACAACUCCGGUGCCUGAGAGGGUUCAAGUGGGUAAUUCUCCUGUGUAUAAGACAGAAAGGAAACUAGGUAAGGGAGGAUUUGGUCAAGUUUAUGUUGGCAGAAGGGUAAGUGGUGGCACUGAAAGAACAGGACCGGAUGCUAUCGAGGUUGCAUUGAAGUGUGAGCACCGAAGUAGCAAGGGUUGUAAUUAUGGCCCUCCUUACGAGUGGCAGGUGUACAACACCCUCAACGGAUGUUAUGGUAUCCCAUGGGUUCAUUACAAGGGUCGGCAAGGAGAUUUCUAUAUCCUGGUCAUGGACAUGCUUGGACCAAGUCUUUGGGAUGUUUGGAAUUCUUUGGGCCAGUCGAUGUCUCACAAUAUGGCUGCUUGCAUUGCUGUGGAGGCAAUAUCAAUUCUUGAAAAGCUUCACAUGAAAGGAUUCGUCCAUGGAGACGUCAAGCCAGAGAACUUUCUACUUGGUCAACCUGGAACUCCUGAUGAGAAAAAACUGUAUCUUAUUGAUCUUGGUUUAGCUUCUAGAUGGAAGGAUUCUUCAUCUGGUCAGCAUGUGGAUUAUGAUCAGAGGCCAGAUAUAUUCAGAGGCACAAUAAGGUAUGCAAGUGUGCAUGCGCAUUUGGGUCGUACUGGAAGUAGGAGGGAUGAUCUGGAGUCCCUAGCAUAUACACUGAUAUUUCUCCUAAAGGGAAGGCUGCCAUGGCAAGGCUAUCAGGGUGACAACAAGAGUUUCCUUGUUUGUAAAAAGAAAAUGUCGACUUCUCCAGAGUUGAUGUGUUGCUUUUGCCCUGCUCCAUUCAAACAGUUCCUUGAAGCUGUUUCUAAUAUGAAGUUUGAUGAGGAGCCAAAUUAUUCUAAGCUGAUAUCACUUUUUGAUAGUCUCAUUGAACCUUGCUCGUCACUGAGACCUAUAAGAAUUGAUGGAGCUCUCAAGGUUGGGCAAAAGCGUGGAAGGUUGCUCAUAAACUUGGAAGAGGAUGAACAGCCAAAAAAGAAAGUGCGAUUGGGUAGUCCUGCAACUCAGUGGAUUUCAGUGUAUAAUGCACGGCGCCCCAUGAAACAAAGGUACCACUACAAUGUUGCCGACUCGAGGCUGCGCCAGCAUGUAGAGAAGGGUAACGAAGAUGGGUUAUAUAUUAGCUGUGUGGCUUCAGCUACAAAUCUUUGGGCUUUGAUCAUGGAUGCUGGAACGGGUUUCAGUUCACAGGUGUAUGAGCUCUCAGCUGUCUUCCUCCACAAGGAUUGGAUCAUGGAACAGUGGGAGAAAAAUUAUUACAUCAGUUCUAUAGCUGGUGCGGCUAAUGGAAGUUCUCUGGUGGUUAUGUCUAAAGGAACUCCCUACACCCAACAGUCAUACAAAGUUAGUGAAUCAUUUCCUUUCAAGUGGAUAAAUAAAAAGUGGAAAGAAGGUUUUCAUGUCACAUCUAUGACCACUGCUGGCAGCCGUUGGGGUGUUGUUAUGUCUAGAAAUUCAGGAUACUCUGAACAGGUGGUGGAGCUUGAUUUUCUUUACCCAAGUGAGGGAAUACAUCGCAGGUGGGAAAAUGGUUACAGAAUUACUUCUAUGGCUGCAACCUCUGAUCAAGCAGCUUUCAUACUUAGUAUGCCUCGUCGUAAAAUGGUGGAUGAGACUCAGGAGACCCUCCGGACUUCUGCCUUUCCUAGCACCCAUGUGAAGGAAAAAUGGUCCAAAAAUCUCUACAUUGCAUCAAUAUGCUAUGGUCGUACUGUAUGCUGAGCAGCAAAGCAUGUGAUUGACUGGCUCAGAUCUUCAAUCACUACUCAAGAAAGCUCAGUCAUUUUUAUCUGAAAAAAGUAUAUAACUCUCUGUUAUUGUGCUUCUGUACUAUGACUGGGGAACUUUCAGAGGUUCGGGUCUAUUAAGGGAUGGGAGAGAAUUGUGAGAGAUUUGUAUGUAGGCUGACAGAGUUCACCCGGUACUGUCAUUCAUAUGCUUUCCAAUUUCGCUUUUCCAGUUUGUUGUGACUUGUGAGAUUCAAGUGUUGGUAACUUACCACGUGAUCUAAUAAUUAUACCAAAGUUCAAUAACAUUAGAAAUAAAUGGAUAGAAAACUGAAUCUUGGCAACU